AUGGAGGUAAUCAAAACCAAGGGUGGAGAGAUAACUCAAACCAAAGGUGGAACCAAGCUCCCCAAGCUCAACCUAACCAAAAUGCUCAAGCCUAUUACCCCCAACACCCCCAAGGUCUGCAACAAUACCAACAACCCCCCACAACCUCAAUCUCAAGUGAAGUACCAACAUCCAAAUAGUAGAUUCAAUCCUUCUCAAGUUAACCAAGCCCCUCCUCCUAAUCAAACCCACAUGAAUGACACAAUCCAUACCUUCAUGCAAGAGCAAAGAGAGUUUCAUAAGAAACAAUAUGCAUACAUGGCUACAAUAGUCGAAGCCCUUACCCGUUUGACUCUCCCUCCUCAAACCGCACAAAGCACCCAACAAGCUUCAACCUCAAGUAGUCUACCCUCUCAACCUCAACCCAGCCCUAAGGGGAGCAUAAAUGCCAUUACUCUCCGAAGUGGUACUAAGUUGGACUUGGACAAGAAUGUUGCUAUACCCGUCAAGGCGAGUAAGAAGAUCAACAGUGAUGAGGUAGGAGAAGAGGUGGAGAUGACAAAGGGUGAUGAUGAAAAUGUUGACAAAAGUGAGGAGGAGCCACCAAAAGUCAAGGAGCCAAAGAGAAAGACCUUGCUUGAAGAGCCUUCACCUAUUCCAUUCCCAACUUUGGCCAAGAAGGCAAAAAAGCAAGAAGAUCUUGACCCCACUUUGGUGGAAGUUUUUAAGAAAAUCGAAGUUACCGUCCCUCUCUUUCAAGCCAUUCAACAAGUGCCGAAAUAUGCCAAGUUCCUUAAAGAUGUGUGCACUCACAAAGACAAGCUUGGCAAUCUUAACGGAAAGUCAGUAGAUGAUUCCAUCUCUUCUUUGCUUCCUGAAAAAUGUAAUGAUCCCGGCCCAUGUUUGGUGACUUGUUUGAUUGGUCGGAUUAAGUUCAUGGAUUGUAUGUGUGAUUUGGGAGCGUGUGUGAGCAUCAUGCCACUGCCCGUAUACCAAAGAUUGAACUUACCACCCCUCAAGAGAUCCGGAGCAAGGUUUGUCUUGGCUGACAAGAGUAUUGUGUCUGUGGUUGGAAUUACGGAGAACGUCAUAAUCAACAUUCAAGGGUUGCUUUUUCUGGUUGACUUCCACAUCUUGGAGACUCCACCUAUUGAUUCGACUAACCCAUCAUCAAUACUCCUUGGAAGGCCAUUCUUGAAGACAGCCCGUUUCAAGCUAGACGCACACUCGGGAGUCUAUUCUUUUGAGUCGGAUGGAGAGUUAGUCAAGUUCACCCUGGAAGAGUCCAACAAACCCAUUCUUAAGGCCUAUUCCAUUUUUGGGUGUGACAUAGUUGAAGAUAAAGUGAUUGAGGAUAUCAAGGAACAAGAAAAAGAGGAGGUUGCCAAGAAGUCAAAUUCAAAGGAACAUGCUCAACCCAAGAAUGGCAAGGAGUUGGAGAUUUUCCUCCUUGGGGAAGUUCCUAAGUGA